CGAGGCAACGCAGCGAAGGUACCGGCAGCCUUCAAGUUUCGAGGCUCACGCUCAUUUUCCGGUUCUCCUUGCUCAAGUGUCGCACUAUCGUAGUCCUUCAGACCAUCAACAAGGGUCUAGUUUUUUCUACUCUUAGGGCAUAUAAAUCUACUCGCAAUAGAGACUUUUAUAUUCCCUGUCUCGAAUUUCUUUCGGGAACUUCUGUGGCAAAAAGCUGGAAAGAGGGAAGAUGGAGGCUGCGGAUGAGGGAGUAGAGAGGAUUGAGGAUUCCAAGGAUUUACAGCAACAGAGCAAAGCGUUUGAUAAGCUCACUGACCGUGUCGAGGAUCGCCAGCUCGACUCCACUCGCGUCCAAGAGGCCAUGGCGUCCAUUGCUGCAUCGGCAGAAGCGGACUGGAAUGCGAUGCGUUUGAGGGAGAAAGAACUGGCUGCUGUUAAGAUAAAUGCAGCUGAUGUUGACAUAAUUGCAAAUGAACUAGAGUUGGACAAAAAGGUGGCUGAAAGAACCUUGCGUGAGCACAAAGGUGAUGCUGUUGCUGCCAUUAGGCAUUUGCUUCGCUGAAGAUUUGGGUCGAAAUUUGGAUCCUCAAAUGUAUACCAUCAAAUGUCUGAUUUAUUCAGGAUUUUCAUUUUUAAUAUUUUGGGGGUGGCAAAUUAGAUUUUUGCUUUAGUGACAAGUAUUACGUGUUUUUAGGUGAAGCCCUGAAAGAUCCGCUUUGUAUUGAAAUUUGCAACCUGCAUGGUUUAUUUACCAAAUUUUGGGUUGAGCGGAUGCUUUCUGCAUUUCAUUACAUUUCUCAGACACAACCUUUAAAAGUUAGUAUUAGUAUUUAAUAUUUAA